UGUUGCGCCUCGGGUUCGCCUGCUUCCUGCGCUUACACCUGGGGCCAUCCGCCAUGAUCCUCUCGCUUGUGUCUAAAUGCUCCAGUCACCUCCUCCCCCGCCCUCCCCCGCCCGCCCUCCCCUCCCCCCCGGACCUGGUUUACGACACUGGGUGGUUUUACUUUUACAUCACCUUCCUACACCUAGUGCUCGGCCGGAACCUUGUUGCCAGGGGAGACCGGCGCUUUACGGCAGCGCGUUUGAACGGCGGCGGGGGAAAAGGCGCUGCCCCAGCACUGCGUCCGGGUGUGGAGUCCUCACUACAGGAGAGAUGUGGACCUGUCGGAGUGCAACACGAGGAGGGCCACAAAAAUGACCGAAGGAAUGAAACACCUCUCCUACAGGGACAGGCUGAGAGAGCUGCGGCUGUGCCGCCUGGAGAAGAGAAGGCUCCGGGGAGAGCUGAAAGAAACCUGUCAGUAUCUACAGGGGGCUGUAAGAAAGAAGGGAACAGACUGUAGCAGAGUCUGCUGUGACAGGACGAGGGGAGAUGGUUUCAAACUUAAAGAGGGGAGAUUUAGACUGGAUAUAGGGAAAAAGUUUUUUACAGUGAGGGUGGUGAGGCACUGACACAGGGUGCCCAGAGAGGUGUUCAGUGCCCUGUCCAUGGAGACACUCAAGGUCAGGCUGGAUGGGGCUCUGAGCACCUGAUGGAGCUGUAGGUAUCCCUGUUCACUGCAGGGGCGUUGGACCUGAUGGUCUUUGGGGGUCCCUUCCAACUUGAAUGAUUCUACGGUUCUAUGCUUGUACUAUUUAUUUCUUCUUGUGUUUCACUUAGGCAAUAAAAUAAUUCAGCAUGUUUCAA